UGGUACGGGCGUGAAUAUUUUCUUAUUGCUUGAACCUACCUACGUCCUCGCUGCAAAAGUUUGCACAGUUGUUGGUGAUUUAACUUCGUGAAAAAAUGUCGCAUGGUUUUAGUCUUUUUUGUCCCAUCCAACUCGGCCGUACGUACACGCAUAAUCAGUUCACCCAGUGCUUUGGUGACAGCUCCUGUAUACGCAUAACAUGGAGUUAUUAGUAGUAGCGUUACUUUUAUGCGUAACCGGUACAUUUGCGGAUAGUAGCCAGAUAGAGCUAUGGCGUUCAGUGCAGGUGCGGCGAAACAUUCGAAAUGAACCACAAAUAUCGGGACGAAUUAUCGGUGGAAUAGAGGCCAACAUUGGUGAUGUGCCCUUUCAGCUGUCGGUGCGUCGGUUUGAUCAUCACAUCUGCGGAGCGUCCGUGAUCGAUUCGUCCUUUGCUAUCACUGCAGCCCACUGUUUUUCAUCCAAUCCUGAUCCCGAGUUUAUCACCUUGCUGGGAGGCUCUGCUAAUCGUACGGAAGACGCAGGAGGGGUGAUAUUUGAAGUCAAAGACAUCAUCGUGCAUCCCGGCUUUAAUCCAAAUACGUACCAUAACGAUGUCGCUUUGAUACGCAUCGAAGGGACAUUCGCUGGAUUUGAAAAUGUCACUCCGAUUGCUAUGCAUUCUGCACCGAUAUUUUCGUCCAAUUUCAAUCCCGUCUAUUGUUCGGUGUCCGGUUGGGGGAUUACCAAUAUGUAUGUUGGCAAUCUGCCGGAGAUUCUUCGUGUAGUACGAAUUCCGCUAGUGCCGUACACCGAAUGUCGCCGAAAGUGGAGUCCGUUGGCUGUUACUAAUUCGAUGAUCUGCGCUGGAGAACUACGGCGAGACGCUUGCAACGGUGAUAGCGGUGGCCCAUUGGUGUGUAACGAUAAACUUUACGGAAUAGUGUCUUGGGGCGCUUAUCAAUGUGGAAGCUCGUACCCGGGCGUGUACACUAGCUUAACAGCAAGGGAUGUGGCCAGCUUUAUAAGCCAAUACAUUACGACUCAAAAUGGCGAAUCUUGAAAUUAGCUGAAGGACAAUGAAUCUAAUACAAUAUAGACAAUUGUAACAUGGAAUGGAAAAACUAUUCUUUGUACUUUUAACAAGCAUUACACAAUCGUUCCGUGCAUAAUUGCACUAACAUUAGCAUUAACGUUUACUAGCACUUAAUUCAGCAGACUCAGCACAAAUACAAACCAAUCUUUCUGUGUAUGAUAAAACACAUAAUCUUUCCAUAGAUAUUGAAGCGUGUUCAGUGUCGAGUUUAACGGCAAGUGGACUAAGCAGAAGCGGUGCUUCCGUG